AUGUGCAAACCAGCAAACACAAAAAUUCCAGUUCUUAGUCCAAGUUGUCAUUUAUUUUCAAAUCAAAGUGCUUCCAUUCCUUUUCUGUGAUUUAUAACCGGAAGUUUUAAGAUGAUGGAGCCGCGUGUACUGAUUCAGAUUUCAGAUAAUCGACAUUUGUUUGAUUGUAUUGCUCAGGACGUUAUAGAAAUUUUGUGAAAAUCACUCUGGGUACGCUCAGUUCCACGACUAGUAUCGCACUCCAAUGUUGCGUUGAUUGCUUCGUUUAUUGUCUGAUUUCUGAGCAUGUCUGGAAACCAGGAACCUCGCCGUUCAGCCCGCCUGCAAACGCGGGAUCCCCAUCAAAAGUCCAAGCUUCAUGAAGAUUUUGAAACUGAAACGAAAAAGCCACCCGCUAGCGCGAAUGCUGCUGCUGUUGUCGGGACAAAGAACAAGCGUGGCAGACCGUGCAAGCCAAAACCUACUGAUGAUGAAGCACAUGCUACUGCUAGUAAAGACCCAGAAGUUGUUUCUGGGAAUGCUGGUGACAAGCUUGCAACGGAUUCGUCUUCCAGUUCAACGGUAUCUCAGAUGGACAAUGAGGCUCCUGCUGUUGCAGCCGUGAUAUCAGACAGCGAAGCUGGUGGCUCAUCAGCAGCGAAACAACAGACCAACAAGAGCUCCGUGCCCAAGAGGCUGGCCCACACACGCUCGCUCGAACGGAAACCAGGCAGGCCACCAGGGAGACCACCUCUUAGUGGAGAUACAAUGCCUGCCUCAACCAGUAGUUUGGCCAGCGAGAAAUCUUUGGAUUCAGCUGCUGCCGUUUCCCGUCCAGUGAAGUCUCCAGUUAUUGUCACCCAGCGAUCGGGUACAAGUUUGCCUGUUUUCACCAAACCAGCCACCAGAAUGACGUCCAUCGUUAAAACUCCUCUGGCUGCGGCUGUCGUAAAACCCCCGGUAAGAGCAGAGGGAAAGGAAUACGCCAGUAUUCUCUCGGUUGGCCGACCAAGAAGUUCCACAACUGGUGCAGAACAACCCGAGAAGCACCGACUGGUUGUUCCUUUUCGCGACCCGUCGACAUUCGAAGCCAAAGAUGCCAAAAUCGAGCAUGCGAUUACCACUCCCGAACCCGUUCCAUUGCGACGCUAUUCCACAGGAAUAGGGAAGCAGGAGCUGGCUGCCGAUAAUGGGAAGCCUCCUGCAGCACCGUCCAAAGGCGAUUUCACUGUGGAGAGGAUCACCAGACCACGGGCUGUAUCAUCACAUGUGCCUAAGAAAACCAAUGUCGCGGAGAAAUUGUCAGGCGAUUCUGCGAGUGCGGUGCUAAAAAGCAGAAAAGAGCCCGAUGAUAGCGAUGUUACCGGAAGCAUAAGCGGAUCAAGUGGCGUCAGUAUUGCGUCUACUGGAGCUUCCAGCGGAAAAAGUGUCUCCAGUGUUACAGAAAAGAACACCGUACAACCUCCUGCCCAUGCGAAUGAACCACCACAGAGGACACUCAAAAUUGAGCCCAGUGUUAACCCGAGAUCAUCUAAUCGCCCGGGCAGACUUGUGGUGUCUCAAGAUCAAGUCAGUCGUGCCAGCUCGUCGCACAGUGCUUCGUCAGAAGAGAUAGCUAAUAAGCAAAUACCGAAGUUGAUUUUGCAAAAAGUCAAGAAAAAUCCUACCGUUUGUGUUCGCACACCUGUUUCUGUGGGACAGAGCACACCAUCUUUCCGAUCAAAUCCCAUUUCGCCGCAUAUUUCACCUGAGAAGGCGAAGGUGACUCCUCCUCUGUCGGAUUCUGGUACCAUCAAAAAGGCAGCAAAGUCUGUUCAAAAGAUACCAACGGGUACCAGUGUGAUAAUUAGGCGAGGUGAUAUAAAUAAAGCGCCAUUACCGGAUGUUCCUGUUGUAUCUACGGAAUCAUCACGUAAUAUCCCACCUUCGACCGUUACCGCUGAGACUAAGCCAGCUCAAACAGGUACUAUUAAUUCUGUUGCUACAAUGGACAUGUGUCCUGCGGUCGUGGACUCCAUGUCUUCAUCGCACGUGGAUGAAACAAUUGAUGAAGUUUCCAAAGGAAACUUCGUGCGCUCAAUUGAUUCUGAUUCUACUUUGACAGCCUCUGAGACAGAAGCAAUUGAAGCUCGGAUGAGGGAGAAUCGCAAGACGAAAAAAGAUCCCGACUCACCCAAACGACCUGUCAAUAAGCGCCAGAAAAUAGAUGGAGGAGCUUCUGUGGAUCCCUUGGUGGCUAUCCAAGGCUCAUCGGGACGGAAAAGCAAGAAGGACGUUGGUUCUCCAAAAAAAGCAUCGAAUUAUGGAGAGAAGAAGCCAGUUCGUAGCAGUUCACCCGGGACAGUGACUAUCAAAACUGAACCGAAUUCUGUUGAGGAUGAAGUAAAACGCGAGAAGCCGACGUUCGAUUCCAAUCCGAUGCCGAUGGAUCCGGACACGAAUGAGUCCGAAAAUCGCGUGGGUACUCCGACUGUUCCGCAGACCAACGGAAAGGAGGCCAGUAAUGGGACUGAUGCUGCUCCACCGGUAGAGGUCAAGCCGGACAUACCAAAACUGGCGUAUGUGUUUGUCAGUAUGGAAGAUUUCAGUGAUUCGGAGGAUGACUGUUCCAGUUUGAUUAGUGACGAUCUUUCUGUUGAUUCUCUGACAAGUCGGAAAUUAUUAACUCAGAGCGUUUCCGUGCCUUGCCCAUCUGUAGAACCUAUGGAAGAAGUACAGGAUACACGAUUCCGCACUCGAAUGCGAUCCAUGUCCGUUUUGUCUGAUGGACCAAUGGAUGUGGCCAGUCCUGUUCCUCUGAAUAAUAUCGUGCCAACCAAUGAUGUUUCGCAGAUUACGACUGCUGCCCCUGCGACAGAGAAAGGUUCCCAUAAGAAAAAGAGUGCUGCCCAGAAGGAGGUGCACAAGAUUGGUACCAUGCCGCUGACGGAUCUCGGCAGAUGGAAGCCUAGAGACGACAUGAAGUUGAUUAUGGCGGUGCUGGAAUAUCGUGAUCUGUUGGUGGUUCACAAGCACGCGAAGUUCUCUUGCCACUUCACUUACGUGGAAAUACAGGAAAGAUGGUUUAACCUUCUCUACAACAAGAAAAUUGCCAAGGCUGCAUGCCAAGCAAUGCGUUCCUCCCCUCCCGAUAUCAUGCGCAGUGUCCAAAGAGAAACCCCGUUCACCGAAGCGGAAGAGGCGUUGCUGCUGGAAAUUCCGUUGAUUGCUGAACCCGUCGACAUUUCUACAUUCGAAGUGAUGCUGGAAGCUAAUCCGAACGUUUUCCCACCGUUUCGAGUGGCGGAAGAUCUCUACAAGCAUUGGCAAGUGUUGCUGGCCGAAGGGCGGAUUGAAAAUUCUGACACGAUUUGCACGGUACCAGAAGAUAGUGUCGUAAUUAACACCGAGCGGAUAACCAGCUUUGCUGAAAUGGAAUCGAAGAUGAAAGAUGCGGAUUUGAAGAAUUGGACGCACGUCAGUGGUGAAUUCGCCUAUGAAAUGGAUAAACUCCACCGGCAGAAUAGGGAACGGUUGAUGAAUGUGGAUAAAGAAAUUGAGCAUUUACGGUUUCUUUUAGAAAAGGCCAUGAAUUACGAAUUACCGGAUUUUACGCGACCGGAGUUUUCCUCACCCCAAGAUCGCAGUUUUGUUGCGGUGCUUCUUGGUCAGCGUGCAAAAUAUGGAUUAAGAACUGGAAAAGUUUCAUUCGGUCGCUGCGUGCCCGGGCAUAUUGUGGACGUUGAUCUUUCUGUAGAAGGCUAUGCAGGACGAGUGUCAAGGCUGCAGGGUUACGUCAUCUUGGAACGAAAUGGGAUAUUUCGCAUCGAAAACCACGGUCGACGUCCCAUUACGGUAGACGAAAAAGUGCUGCAUUACGGAGAUUUCUGCGUAUUGCCAGAUGAAGCAGUAGUUCAGAUCUCCGAUAUCUUUCUCCAGUUUUUCGUAAAUACUAGUCGCGUGCUGCGCUUUCUACGGCAGAAAUAUUAUGGUGAAUGGGUUUCUGAUGAAGAAGGCGAAGAGCCAGAUAAAGACAGGAAAAAGGCGCUAAAGAACUCCAAGAAGGCUGCCAAGCCGAAGAAAGUUACGGAUGAGAGCAUAUCAGAUAUGAUACCACUGGAUAUUCAUAUUCCGCUUCCAUCGCAGCCAAAACCCAAGAAGGCGCGUGCUAAGCCAAAGAAACUCCCACCAGAAACAGACGCGUCUGCAAGUGUUGCUGCUGUUGUUCUGGACAAUGAAGCCGUACUACCGCCACCGAAACCGAAGAAACCAUCCCCGCGAAAGCCGAAACCGGCUCCCCCACCGAGUGAACCACCUGUAGACACUGCUCCUCCGCCUCCUGUCAGUCAGUCGCCGGCUAUGGAAUUUGCCAUGCGCUUAAUGGGGCAGAACCACAUGAAUAGUCCACCACGUCCACCCCCACCAUCGACGUUUAUGCAAACGAAUCAGCUGCUCCCCCCGACCCGUCCCGUUCUCGCGCAUCCAGCCUUCAGUUUGAUCCCUCCACUACCUCAUCACCUGAUCUCGUCGAGUGGCAUGUCCAGUCCCGUGACGUCACCCACCAUCUCCCCACCCCGGUCAUCGACGCUCACCGCGCUGCGGCUGCCUUCGAUCAGUGAUCUGGUGCCCAAAGCGGCGUCGCCCCUGCUCCAUAGUCCGAUUAUGGAGACACGCUCGCCGCUGACCUCUCCCAAAAGUUCUCCCACCCGUCCGCGGCCUAUGGUGCGUUCGCCGGUGAUGGUCCGCAGCUACGAACCGGCGCCGACCAAUCCGAACACGCCGCAUAUAAUGCGGGCGCCCCCGAUGCGGAGCUUUGCACCCAUGAUGGACAGUGGACAGCCGCCGCUGCCCACAUGGACGCUGGCACCUUUGCGGAACACGGCGCCUAGCAGUGAAUCACCAUCCGGAGUGAUGCGAGGAGGUGUCCCGCCGACGAGCCUGGUGGGUUUCUCUGUACUGUCGGCGGGUCCGGGGCUGCCAACGGCGGGCGCUAAAAAAUCUUUUAAUAAGGCCAAGACUGUGUGUGGUGGCCAGAUGGGUGCGAUGGCGGUUCAGAUGGGUGAUGUUCAGCAGCAGCAGAGGCUGGAGAACGGUGUGCAACAGGAGAGUAUGGUGUCCAAUCCAACGAGUACAUCGGCAUAAAUUUCAUGUUGCGUGGAAUUUGUUGCUUAGAGGUUUUCACCAUAUUGUUGAUUGUUGGCGACUACGUUUGUAGAGCACCCUUAUGCAGUUGAUGGAUGCUGGCGAAAAUAUUUAUUUUUGUGUUAAGUUUUUGAAUUAUUUUACAAUCCGGAAUAAGCUCUUCUUUGCCGUGAUAGUUUUUUUGAGUUGUUUAAUAAUUACGCUGUGGGGAAAUUUUUGGUUACCAAAGAGUGCUUUGAUUGCACUUUGCAGUUUCGUUUCUGUAUUCGUUUUAAUACAACAGUUGGAAGGUGUGAUCGAUCGGGUACCGACUGCAUCGAUUCUACUCUACAAUAUAUAGAGUACGUUCUUAAAACUUCGAGCAGCGACGGUUGCCGGUAUGUUCAUUUCUCACGCAUUCUUCGUUUUGUUGGCGGGAUGUUCUUUCUGAUUAAUGUCGAUUCUUUUAGUUGGUUAUUCUCUUGAUGCUUUUGG